AUGUCGGCAGAAGACCAAGAUCUCUACGGUAGGCCCAUCUUUUCCUUUGGUAGUGUGACAACAGGCUAACAGGAACAGAGGUACUCGGCGUCUCGAAAAGCGCAUCCAAAGCCGAGAUCAAAAAGGCAUAUCACAAAGCCGCUCUGUCAUCACAUCCAGACAAGGUCCCGGAAGACCAACGAGCCGAAGCGGACGUCACAUUCAAAUACAUCUCCCGCGCCUAUGAGAUUCUCUCCGAAGAUGACACGCGAUCAAUGUAUGACCAACAUGGCAUGGCAGCAUUCGAGAAAGGUGGUGCGAACGGGUUCCCGGGCGGCGCAGGCCCAGACCUCGACGACAUUCUGGCGCAGAUGUUCGGCGGCGGCAUGGGAGGAGGCAUGGGAGGAUUCGAGACAUUUCCUGGGGGGCCGGGUGGAGGUGGACCUAGACGAAAGAGAGGGAAGGGUAAGAAUGAAGUACAACAGUACGAGGUGACCUUGGAAGAGCUGUACAAGGGCAAGACCACAAAGUUUGCCAGUACCAAGCAGGUAUUGUGUAGCAACUGCAACGGAUCAGGUGGUAAGAACAACAAGGUCAAGGUAAAGACAUGCGAUACGUGCAAAGGACGAGGAACGCAGGUCAAGAUUCAGCCUGUCGGACCGGGUAUGAUAACGCAAGCGACCGUUCCCUGCGCGACAUGCAGCGGUAGAGGCAGUUUCUACGCAGACAAGGACAAGUGCAAGCGGUGCAAGGGCGAGCGAACGAUGAAGGAGAAGAAGAUCUUGGAGCUCUACGUGCCUCGCGGAAGCAGAGAGGGGGAGCACAUCGUCCUAGCGGGUGAGGCAGAUCAAGAUCCAGACGACGCGGAACCAGGAGAUAUCAUUUUCGAGUUGACCGAAGAGCCGCACAAGACAUUCAAUCGCGCCGGAGCGGACCUACACGCGGAGCUCGAGAUCAGCCUCUCGGAAGCGCUGACGGGGUUUAACCGAGUCGUCCUGCGACAUCUCGACGGCCGCGGCAUCCAACUGCACGUCGAGCAACCCCAGGGCCGCGUUCUGCGUCCGGACGAAAUCCUCAAGAUCCCGGGUGAGGGUAUGCCGCUCAAGCGAUCGGAUGCUAAGGGAGAUCUCUACCUGUCUGUCAAGAUCAACUUCCCGGAGGAUGGCUGGCUGAAGGAUCAAGCUGCGAUCGAUCGUGUCAAGGCCGUGCUACCUCCUCCGCCUGAUAUCAGCUACAAGCCAGGAGAGACGCCGGAGAUUGUGGAUGAGGUGCAGUUCGAAGUGGUCGACAGCUUGGAGGGCUUCGGUGCGGGAUCCGACGAUCCAAGAGCCGCCGGUGCAGAGUGGGAGGAUGAUGAUGAUGACGAGACGGGUGGCGCUCAAUGUGCUCAGCAGUAG